AUGUUGUAAGGGAGAAUGGAUGAUAAUUAAUGGAUAAAUGAUGAUCACAUGGAUUAGGUAUAAAUAUAAGAUUAAAUACAAAGCCUGAAGAUGUUGGAUUUGAUAAGGAAGAGAUAACAAGAGUUGAUUUAUUUGUAAAUAAGCCAUUUGAUAUGCCUAAUUUUCCAAAGAAUGAAUAAAUAAAGUAGGCGGGAAUAUCUUCAAGAAUGUUUGUGAUUAUUACAAGAUAAAAUAAUAUAUAUAGAUGGAGACCAGAGAAAGAUGAUUAAUGCGUAUAAAUGGAAUUGCCAGAAGUUCAAUAAGGUGGAUUAACAGGAAAAUUACUUGGAGGUAAAAAGAAUGAGAGAAAGGAUAUAAUAUUGGAGAGAUUAUUUUUAUUUGGACCACAUGCUUUAAUAGUAUCGGAUAAUGGAGAAAGUUUUUAUAUAAAUGUAAGAUCAGAGAAAAUUAGAUCAAUGGAAUAAUUAAAGGGUAAAUAGAUUAAAUGUAUUGGUUGGGAUGAUUAAUGUGAUGAAACUGAUACUCAUGAAAUUCUAUUAGCUACAAAAGAUUCAAAAAUAUAUAUAUAUAGAAUUGAUUGUAGAUAAGGAGAUGUAAGAGAGGAAGAAGCAAAGUUAAUGGUUACUAUUCCUAAUGAAAGAUAAAUUAAUUAAAUUGAACAAUUUACAGUAGUGUAUGAUAAUAACAAAUAUGCCUGUGUAGUUGUAUCAACCAAUUUUAGUGUGUUUUUCUUUUAUGGAUUAAAUAGUCUUAGCAUUCUAUUUUCAAAAUACAAAGAUCCAUAAAGUGUUGCAAGAGCAGAAUCAUAACCAUUACGUUAUCAUACAAGUUUAUUAGCUGUAUCCUAAAAGAAAAAUUCAUUUCUUUUUACAAAUGGGAAAUCACUAAAUUUAUUCACUCUUCCUGAAAAAGAUUUAAAUGAAUCAAUAUUACAAUAAGCUAAAUAAUUAAAAACUAUGAAUAAUUAUUCAGAAAUGCCAGUAUAGAUCGGAUUAACAGAAUUUCAUUAUUUUAUUCUUAGUUCAGAUUCUUUGACUAUUUUUAGUAAAAUUACUCAAUAAGAAGUCUAAAAAUAUGAACUUAGAGGUAUGGGUAGAAUAAUGGGUAUGCAAUAUGAAAAAGAUGAUAAAGUAUUCUGGAUAUAUUCUGAAAGAACAUUUUGUAAAAUAGAAACUGAAGAUGAAGAUAAAGAAGCAUGGAAAUUAUUAAUGGAUUAAAAAAUGUAUAUUGAAGCAUAUGAUAUAUCUAAAAAGUAUAAUUCAGAAUAUACUUAAUAUAUUGCUGGUUUAUGUGGUGAUCAAUUAUUUUCUUUGAAAAGAUAUAAUGAAGCAGCUUCCUAUUAUCAAAAAUCUUCAAAAAACUUUGAAGAAAUAUUCUUGAAAUUUCUUAAUUGUGAUGAUAUGAAGGCUAGAAUAGGUUUAGAAUAAUAUCUUAAACAUUUAAUUAAUCAUUUAAAAGGAGAAACUGAAAGAACAUUAGUUUUGGGAUGGCUAUCAGAAUUAUUAAUUUAUAGAUUAAAUGAAUAAGAAAAAAUUAUUCAUGAAACAAGAACAUAUGAAACAGAUACAUAGAGAGAUAAAGAUAUUAAAGAAAAAAAAUUAUAAUUAAAUUAAUUAAAUGAAGAUCUUGAUAACUUUCUCAAAACAUAUAAAUUAGAGUUAGAUUAAAAUCUAGUUUAUUAAAUUAUGGUUAGUCAUGGCAGAUUGUAAAAUUGUGUAGAAUAUGCUAAGUUAAACAAUAAUUACGAAAUGAUUAUUUAACAUUAUAUUAAUGAAGAAAAUUAUAAAGAGGCAAUUAAAAAUUUAAAUAAUGUAAAAGAAAAGAGUUCAAUGGAAAUCAUCUAAAAAUAUUCAUUCAUUCUUAUGCGACAUGAACCAGAAUAAACAUUAGAUAUCUUAUAAAAGAACAUUAAGAAAUUUGAUUAAACCAAAAUUAUUGGUGGACUUAUGAAUAUUCCUGUUGAUAAAAGAGAGUUUGGUAUUAGAUUUUUAGAACAUUCAAUUAAUAAAUUGGAUUGCGCUGAUAAAAGUAUACAUAAUAUAUUAAUAUUUUUCUUAACUUAACCAUUAUAGAAAGAUAAACUUAAUUAAUAUUUAUAAGAAUAAGAAGCUUUAUUAAAAAAGACUGAGAAAGUCAAUUUUGACUUAGAUUUUGCAUUAAGAUUAUUUAAAUAAGCAAGUUGUAUAGAUGCUCAAAUCACUAUAUAUGGAAUGAUGUCUCUAUAUACUGAAUCUGUUACUUUAGCUUUAGAUUAUGGAAUGAUAGAAAAAGCAAAAGAAUAUGCUUAAAAACCUGAAGAUGAUGAUGAGAAAAAGAAAAAAUUAUGGAUGAUGAUUGCAGAAAGAUUAUUAUCUUAAAAUUAAGAUAUUGAUAAAGUGAUUGAACUUACAAAAAAUAGUCAACUAAUUAAAAUUGAAGAUCUCCUUCCUCAUUUUAAUGAAAAUAUUAAAAUUGAAUAAUUUAAAGAUGAAAUCUGUAACUCUCUCAAAAAGUAUAAUGAAGAAAUAGAAAAAUUAAAAGAUGAAAUGAAAAAAUUAUCAGCUAAUUCAGAUCAAUUAAAGAAUGAACUAAAAAUGACAAAGAAUAAGUUCUUAAUAAUUGAUACAUAAUAAAAAUGUGAUCAUUGUGCUAAAUAACUAUUUAAUGAUACAUUUUAUAUAUUCCCAUGUAACCAUGGAUUUCAUAAAGUAAGAAUAAUUAUUUAAUAUUAUUUAGGAUUGCAUAGUUACAAAAAUCAAAUCCCUUCCUUAACAUUAAGCAAAUAUUGCUAAUAUAGAGAAAUAUGAUAUGACAAUGUAAUCUAUUUUAGUAAAAUCUAAUCCAAAUUAAAAUGUUAGUAAAAAAUAAUAAGGUAUAUAUUAUUACUUUAUUAUUUUAUUAGAUGGUUAAUCCUUCUUUUAAAUAAUGAAUAUUUUUGGAGGAGCAAAAUAAGAAUAAAGACCAUAAUCCACAUUAACUCCAGAUGAAGAAAAACUAUUAAGAGAAACAAAAGAAAAGUUCGAUAAAAUUGUUGCUAGUGAAUGUAUAUUUUGUGGACCUAAAGUUGUUGAUUCUAUUCAAUUUGGAUUUGAAUUAGAUGGAAGAGAAAAAGACUCAUGGAGUAUAUGAAUAAAUUAUAUAAUAAGC